AACGAGAGAACGCCAUUUUAGAGACGCUAAUGAAGUUGUUAAACGCAACAACAACAAAAAGUUAUACACGGUAUAGCUAGCUAAUAUAAGGCUGAAUUCAUUAUUGGCUGCUGUUAAUAAUUUCGUUUGCAUACGACUGUACAGUAGCGUGGAACGAGAGCAUUUCUUUUUAAGCUGUUGUGUGUUGUUGGGAAGAACAGCAGCAGGCGAAUCCGAGGUCAAAUUGGGCCAAUUUGAUCCUGAAGGCGUAGUUGGCUAACGUUAGUUCACUGGCUGAUUUGAUAAGUUUGCAAGCUAACUUAAUUGUUUCUGGUCACAGAAGAAGCAGACGUUGGGACAAAUCCCUGCGGUUUUCUCUUUCAGGAGACCAUGGCAGACGACUUUGAUGUUGAGGCUAUGCUAGAGGCUCCAUACAGAAAGGAUGAGAUAAAGUCCUCUAGUGCUAAUGGACACGAAGAGCGCAGUAGUAAGAAGAAAAAGAGGAGCCACAUUAGGAGUAGUCGGAGCCCGAGCUCUGACAAGUGCAAGAGCAAAGUUGGGAAGAAGAGCCAGGAUCGGAAAAGGAGCAAGAGUCCGGAGAAGAAACGGAGCCGCAGUAAAGAGCGCCGGCGCAGUGCUUCCCGUAGCAGGGAACAUGCUGGACGCUACAGAGGACGCCGGAGCCCCUUUCGGAAACGCUCAAGAAGUCGUAGCCCCUUCAAGAAAGACAAGAGUCCAGUAAGGAAACCAAUUGACAACCUGACCCCAGAGGAGAGGGAUACCCGCACUGUUUUUUGUAUGCAGCUGGCAGCCAGAAUCAAACCACGAGACCUGGAGGACUUCUUCUCAGCCGUGGGGAAAGUGAGAGACGUGAGGAUGAUCUCUGACAGAAACUCCAGGAAGUCAAAGGGCAUUGCCUACAUUGAGUUUCUGGAAGUGAAUUCAGUCCCGCUGGCUAUUGGCUUAACUGGUCAGAGACUUCUAGGCGUGCCCAUCAUCGUACAGGCCCCUCAGGCUGAGAAGAACAGAGCUGCAGCAAUGGCCCACAACCUUCAGAAGGGUAAUGCUGGCCCUAUGCGGCUGUAUGUGGGCUCUCUGCACUUCAACAUCACAGAGGAGAUGCUGCGAGGUGUCUUCGAGCCUUUCGGAAGGAUUGAGAGCAUACAACUGAUGAAUGACAGUGAAACUGGACGAUCCAAAGGAUAUGGUUUCAUCUCAUUUGCAGAUGCAGAGUGCGCUAAGAAGGCCAUGGAGCAGCUGAAUGGCUUUGAGCUGGCCGGACGGCCCAUGAAGGUUGGUCACGUGACGGAACGCACCGACCCCUCCAACGCCAGCUCCUUCCUGGACAACGACGAGCUGGAGAGGACAGGCAUUGACCUGGGCACCACCGGGCGCCUGCAGCUCAUGGCCCGGCUGGCAGAGGGUACUGGUCUUCAGAUCCCCCCGGCUGCACAGCAGGCUCUACAGAUGAGUGGUUCCAUCCACUCGACUCAAAUCCACUUCGUCAACAUGGCAGCUGGUACAGCUCCUGCCACCCAUUCACUGAACCUGGCUCCAAGCAGGAACCAAGCCAUGAACCUCUCAACGCAGCCACUGGCUACUCUCUGCCUACAGCUGUCCAACAUGUUCAACCCACAGUUGGAAAAUGAACCCGGCUGGGAUGUUGAGAUUCAAGAUGACGUCAUUGAGGAGUGCAACAAACACGGUGGAAUUGUCCACAUAUACCUUGACAAGGACUCCCCUCAGGGCAAAGUGUACAUAAAAUGCCCCACAAUCCCAACAGCAAUGGCUGCAGUGAAUGCGCUACAUGGGCGGUGGUUUGCAGGUAAAAUGAUCACUGCAGCGUACGUACCUUUCCCGACCUACCAUAACCUUUUCCCUGAUUCGUUAACGGCAGCCCAGUUAUUGAUGCCUGUGCGGCAAUGAUUCUACCAUGCAUGGAGUAGAUGUCACAAUGCCCGUUGGCUUCAAUAAUGUACAUCAUUUUUGCCAAUAUGUCGGGAUCUUAUUGAACGCAGUAGCAAAUUACUGUACCAGUUCCACCCUAUCUUCAUCACGCAAUGUUUUCUUGUUCAGUCUGACAGCUAUUAGAGGCUAAGCUUGAGUUCCUCUGUAGCCACACAUUUCUGUAGCUGCACUUGAGCAAAUUACGUUGUUUCAACCUGCAUUGUGAAAAUACUACCUUUUGGGGUUUUGGUGGGGGAGGGGAACAUAGGGUACGGAGUUGUUUUACAGUGGGAAGUCUGCGUAUAUUUCUGUUGAAACUGACCCCAGAAGAACGACCCCUUUUUGGACAGCCCAACCAAAUUAACCUGUGACUCGAAUUGCAGUUUGCCCUAUGCUGUCAUCCCAUUAGGGCAUUUAUAUUGUACAUUUAGUCAUUCAGUUGUGCUUUAGAAAUGUUCAUUUGCCAUGUAUGUUUUUUUGUCAGUUAAUGUGUUAAAUAAAAAAACGAUGCCUACAAAUA